GAAGUGCUGUAGGACCGUGGGGAGGUCGCCAAACCUGUGCUGCUGCUGCUGCCGAGUGAAGAGUGUGUGCAUCUCUAUUCACUUGUAACCACAACACUGUUUGUCAUUGCACUGCAGACGUGUAAUUGCUAAACAGGCACAACACAAGGAAGUGAAACUCCUUCGUUGUCGAAGCAAGGGCGAGAAGGUGUCUUUAUUGGGCACCAUAUCCUAACAUAAAAUUGACGGGGAAGAAGACGAGCUAUAAUGGGAGGAUUUCAUUCGGUACCCAAUGACCAGAGGUACAGAGAACUCUCCGAGAAGACUGGAUUUUCUCUGGACCAGAUCGGGAAUCUGCAUCACCGCUUCAAGCAGCUCAGCCACAAUGGCAACACACUUCGGAGAGAUGACUUCAGUAAAAUCCCUGACCUGGCCUGCAACCCCAUCCGAUUCGAGAUCAUAGAGGCCUUCUUCGACAAAAGAAACUUCCAUUCGCAUGGCGAGGAGGGGAGCGUGGAGGAGAUUGGCUUUGAGGAGUUUGUGACCAUCAUGUCCUACUUCAGGCCGCCAUCACUGCACAUGAGCGAGGAACAGCGGGAGGAGCUGAGGAGAAUCAAACUGCGAUUUUUGUUCAACAUGCACGACACAGACAGCGAUGGAACCAUAACGCUACAAGAAUACAGACAUGUGGUGGAGGAGUUGUUGUCUCGUAGCGGUGCUCUGGGCAGGGAGACGGCCAAAGGCAUCGCAGACGCUGCCAUGUUGGAGGUGGCCAGCAUCUCCAUGGGCCACAUGGAGCCUGAUGAGUUCUAUGAGGGGAUCACCUUUGAACAUUUUUUGAAGAUCUUGAAGGGGAUUGAGAUUGAGUCUAAGAUGCACAUACGCUUCUUGAAUGUGGACACCACCAUCCUCUGCAAGUGAUCUCCUCUGUACUUUCACCUGGUGACAAUAGCCGUGUUUAGACGGACACUUUUCUUCGAAACUGAUUAAAUAUAGUAGGAUGAAAAGAA